AUGGUGGCGGUGGUUGGUGGCGGUGGAUGGUGGCGGUGGAUGGUGGCGGUGGAUGGUGGCGGUGGAUGGUGGCGGUGGUUGGUGGCGGUGGAAGGUGGCGGUGGUUGGUGGCGGUGGUUGGUGGCCGGUGGCGGUGGAUGGUGGCGGUGGUUGGUGGCGGUGGAAGGUGGCGGUGGUUGGUGGCGGUGGAUGGUGGUUGGUGGCUGUGGUUGGUGGCGGUGGUUAGUGGCGGUGGUUGGUGGCGGUGGUUGGUGGUGGUGGUUAGUGGCGGUGUGGCGGUGGCCGGUGGCGGUGGUUGGUGGCGGUGGCUGGUGGUGGUGGUUGGUGGCGGUGGUUGGUGGCUGGUGGUUGAUGGUGGUGGUUGGUGGCUGGUGGAAGGUGGUGGUGGUUGGUGGCGGUGGUUGGUGGCUGGUGGUUGGUGGCGGUGGUUGGUGGCUGGUGGAAGGUGGUGGUGGUUGGUGGCUGGUGGAAGGUGGUGGUGGUUGGUGGCAGUGGAAGGUGGCGGUGGUUGGUGGCUGGUGGAAGGUGGUGGUGUGGCGGUGGUUGGUGGUUGGUGGCGGUGGCUGGUGGUGGUGGUUGGUGGCGGUGGUUGGUGGCGGUGGAUGGUGGUGGUGGUUGGUGGCGGUGGUUGGUGGCGGUGGAUGGUGGUGGUGGGUGGCGGUGGUGGUUGGUGGCUGUGGUUGGUGGCUGUGGUUGGUGGCGGUGGUUGGUGGCGGUGGAUGGUGGUGGUGGUUGGUGGCGGUGGAUGGUGGUGGUGGUUGGUGGCUGUGGUUGGUGGCGGUGGUUAGUGGCGGUGGUUGGUGGCGGUGGAUGGUGGCUGGUGGCGGUGGAUGGUGGCGGUGGCUGGUGGCGGUGGCUGGUGGCUGGUGGAUGGUGGCGGUGGCUGGUGGCGGUGGAAGGUGGCGGUGGUUGGUGGCUGGUGGCGGUGGUUGGUGGCGGUGGAAGGUGGCGGUGGUUGGUGGCGGUGGUUGGUGGCAGAGUGGUCGGUGGUUGGUGGCGGUAGUUGGUGGUGGUUGGUGGCGGUGGUUGGUGGCUGGUGGAAGGUGGUGGUGGUUGGUGGCGGUGGUUGGUGGCUGGUGGUUGGUGGCGGUGGUUGGUGGCUGGUGGAAGGUGGUGGUGGUUGGUGGCGGUGGAAGGUGGUGGUGGUUGGUGGCAGUGGAAGUGGCGGUGGUUGGUGGCGGUGGCUGGUGGUGGUGGUUGGUGGCGGUGGUUGGUGGCUGGUGGUUGGUGGCGGUGGUUGGUGGCGGUGGAUGGUGGCGGUGGUUGGUGGCGGUGGAUGGUGGUGGUGGUUGCUGGCUGUGGUUGGUGGCGGUGGAUGGUGGUGGUGGUUGGUAG